AUUACUCGGGGGUUCCAAGGAGCAAAAGUCCACAAACAUUUACCAAAAUUCGCCCGAGUUUUUGCCUCUUUUGAAUAUGUGUUCCACUGGCAAGGAAGUAGCCACCGAGAUCCUCCCUUUCAUCCGGGUUUACAAAGACGGUUCAGUCGAGCGAUUAGCAGGCUCUCCCAUCGUCCCACCUUCAGCCUCGGACCCUGAAACUGGCGUCUCAUCAAAAGACAUCAUCGUCUCACAAGACCCGCCAAUCUCAGCUCGAAUCUAUCUUCCAAAACACCUACUUGACCAACACCAAAAGCAUCCGAUUUUGGUUUACUUUCAUGGUGGAGGCUUUUGUUUCUCGUCAGCUUUCUCUUUUGUCGAAACCAAGUUCAUGAACCGCUUGACUUGUUUAGCCAACGCUGUUGUUGUAUCGAUCGAGUAUAGGCUGGCCCCUGAACACCCUCUCCCCAUUUGUUAUCACGAUUGCUGGACUGGUCUUCAAUGGGUUGUUUCUCAUUCCAACGGUGAUUCCAACGAGGAGCCUUGGGUUUAUUAUACUUAUGCUGAUUUCGAUCGUGUUUAUAUCGGCGGUGACAGCGCCGGUGCCAACAUUGCUCAUAACAUACUGAUGAAAGCUGGUUCAGAGGGCUUACGUAACGGUGUUAAAAUCAAAGGAGCUUUUCUGACACACCCUUAUUUCUGGGGUUCGAAGCCAAUAGGGUCCGAGAUGAAAGAUAUGGAAGAACGGGAGAAGCUGGCAACGUACACCACUUGGCACUUGGUGUAUCCAGAGGUGCCCGGGGACAUCGAUAAUCCGAUGAUAAAUCCGGUGGUUCCCGGAGCUCCGAGCUUGGCCGGACUUGGAUGUUCGAGGCUGCUUAUUAGUGUUGCUGGAAAGGAUUUAUUGAGGGACAGAGGGAUAUUGUAUUAUAACGCAGUGAAGGAAAGUGGGUGGCAAGGGGAGCUGGAGUUGGUCGAGGUUGAAGAUGAAGUUCAUGCGUUUCAUAUUGAUGUUUAUGAUUCUGAGAAUGCUGAGAAACACAUCAAACGGCUGGCGGCUUUCCUUGUUUAAUGUGCAGGACAUGGAGGAAAAAAAACAACUCAAUUGUGCCACUAUGUCACUAGAAUAUAUAUUUCGGCAUCUUUUAUUUUCCCAAUGUUAUGUUGUUGUUUUACCAAA